GCUUAUUUUACAGAUGAUGGUUUUGUGGUUGCCAGAUUUUUGCCAUCCAUAAUAUUGUUUCGCAUGCAUCCAUCUGGUUUAGGUGGGUUUGCAGUCAAAUGUAGAUUGUCUGAAGACAAUUCAAGAGUUGAAGCUGUAGAAGAAAGGUAUGCAGUAAGUGCUGAAAACACACACAACACAAAAUAUCUGGAUGGCGACGCAUGGAUCAACUGGUUCCAAAUGCACACAGGGCUGGACAUUGGUGCCCCUACUGCAUUUUUAAGUGAUCCCUGCAACCCAUCAACAAGUGCAACAAACAAAAUGUUGUCAAAGGUAUGCACUCUUACUAUGCAAAAUGGUCAGCUUCAAGUGCAAUUAGACUUUGGUCAGUACAGCUUCGCCAUUGGUUGGCACAGUGGAGAUGGUCUCGUGUCACACGACUUUAAGUCAGUAAAUGGCACUCUUUACAAGUAUGAUUCUACAAUGAGGAAUGGCAAAGGUGAAGGAUGCAAGUGGACUGGCAUCAUUGCAACAGCUCAUGAGCAUUCAGCCUGGGAUUUGUCUGUGAGUCAUCAAGUUCCCGUCUCGUCGAAGUCUGAUGAAACGCACAGUGACUAUGUACAACCUCUAACUUGUACCACACCAGUGUUUGCUGCUUCAUCCAUGAAACUGGCAGAAAGUGGAAUGCCAAUGAGCACAGAAGGGCUGGCAGAAAUGACCUCAUCAGACAGUGACCAAAUGGACAACGGUACAUCAGAAUCUGCACAAAUGCUCAGUGUACCUGCUCAACCUCUAACUGCUGCCACACCAGCAUGGGCUGCAUCAUCCAUGAAACUGAUGGAAAGUGAAAUACCGAUGAGCACAGAAGAACUGGCAGAGAUGGCACCACCAGACAGUGAACAAGUAAACAAGCUUUCAUUUGCCAAGAUAACAAACCUGAUGAAGGCAACUGUUGACUCUAACACAUUGGCUACUCUACUGGAUGACACGCCACCAACACUGAGUUCUGAAGAACAAGCAAUUAUUGAUGAUCCAACAAAUGGCAGCAAGGCAAGGAAAUUUCUUGCUGAGAAAUUCUUUAGAGCUUAUGCCGUACAGGCACUGAGUGGUUCAUCCCAACUGGAAAAGGACUUCAGUGGGGUGGAUGGUGGAGUAACGACUACAAAAGAGCGGUUGCACUACUUUUGGCAGGGAUCUGGCAAAGCUGAUGAGGUAGUUACAGCAGAUGCAAGUAAAGCAACCAACAUCCUGUCACAAGAUCCUGCAUUUGAUUUUGUCAACAACGGGGUGGCUCGUAUUGCCUUUACGGAGUCCUUGCCAGCAUUGCAGCGCUACUUGAAUGACAAUCCAGCUGACUGGGCAGACAAGCUGUACAAGUAUGUCAGCAGUACAGACUAUGUCAAUGGACUGGCUGUUCUCACGGCUGUCUCGGACAACAGCCAGCUCAAUAAACUCUGCAUGAUUCUAUAUGCUUUGGCACCAGGCAAAUCGUAUGCAACAGAUCUCUGUGCAAGGGUUCUUGAAGUUCAAACUAAUUACAUGCGACAGCACUUUGGCUCUUUGAACGCUGCAUUAAUGAAGACAAUUGUCCCAGCAAUCAUCACAAAGCUUGUCAAUUUGAUUGAUGCUGACGAUCCAUCAAUCAAAUUAUCUGCCCAAAUCAAAGCAGAAAUUGUUUCUCAAGUGCGUUCAGCUAUUACAGAAUCAAAUUCCGAGAAUGCACAAGCAUUUGUUUCUAAAUUUCAAAGCUUAUGGGAGGAAUGUGCUGUCUUUAUGAGUGCCAAUCGUGACCAGCCAGUGUGGCAACGUCUAAGUGAUUGGUGGUCAAAGAUUGGUGAAACGUAUCCCAAAACUACUAAACUUGGAUCAGCUUUAGUUACCUUAUUUGGGCAUGCAGUAUGGAUCACUACAAUUGGGGUUUCUAUCAUGAGUCUUGUGGUUCUGGGGAACAAUUGGAACACUUUUCGAACUGACCAAAAGGUUGCAAUUAUAGCUCAGGGUUCUGCUGUGCUGUCAGAUGUCAUUGCUAAAGCAGAAAAAGCCUGGAAUGGUCUGAUGGAUGCAUUUAAUUUUGAAGACAUGUUUACGUUUGAAUCCGUCUUUGAAGCAGAAGAUUUGCAAGAGCUCUGGGGUCAUUACAUGGAUGAGACAGCAGUAGAAUACAAUGCUGAAAUGGACUUGGGAGAUCUGAGCCAUCCAGGCACAGGUGCAGCAGGUGCAGUUGCUGCUGAGGAUGUACAAGCUGUACGCAUCUGGGAGAACUUCAGUGUUGCAGGUAAGGUUGCUCGACUGACAAAUGUGGUAGCAAUGGGUGCGGCAGUUGUUUCCAUGGGAUUUCAAGUCAGUGAAGAUUUUAAAACCAACCAACCAAUAGCUAUUAAAGUCUUAGAUAUCAUCAAUGUUGUGGCCGCUGGCAUUGGGUUUGCUGCUGAGACUAUUGCUCUUGCUGGUGAACUUGGCGCUAUUGCAUUGAGUGAAUUUAUUGCUGGAGCAGUCAUUCCUAUUGUGGGGGCAGUGGUAGCCAUUGUCGGUGUGAUUGUUUCCAUUGUGUUGAUGUUUCUACACAAAAAGUCGAAGCCACCAGACACUCCAAUUGACAAAUGGAUAAAAGGUACUGGCGUGACAUUUGUUAAUCAGCUGCCAACCCCCAAUGCAGUUUGGCAAAAUCAACACAAGGACAGCACCCAGGAGUAACAGCAACUGACCAAAUGUGGUAUUACUAACUUUUUGUGCAUGAGCUUAUGUAUGCUGUUUUAUGGUGUCGUUUGACCAACUGUGACAGAUAAGUUUGCGGUUAUUAGUGUUUUAGAAUGUUGUUGAGAUCAAUAGCUGGAGCUAAUUGCUGCUCAGAAAAUCCAAGUUUGUACACUGUAGCAAUAUAUAAUGUGUCAAUUGCUCAUGCA